AUGUCUGCCACCCUGUUCCUCAACCAAAGAACUAAGGCGUCCAUCAAUGAAAUGGAAGAGAAACUCGGACAUUUGUACAAUACUCUCUCAAAGACAAGUGCCGAGGCAACCGAAGAAAGCAAGGAUCUACUGAGAAAAUACAUCUCUUCCACUGUUGAAGAUCUGAUCACCAUGAAGACCAACCUAUCCCUGCUCCAGGCUCAACAGAUUAACGAUACCCAAAAAGUCUCUUACAUUUCCAGCUCUAUCCUUGAUAAUCUUCUCAUGUUCCAGUGGAUUGGUCGUGAGUGGAACUAUAACUACGAGGUCUUUGCUACUUCCAAGGAGUGCCUGGAUCAAUUUGAAGAGAUUACCCGGGCCCACGACAUAAAAUUCGAUAGUAAUUGGCAUUAUCUCCUCCCAAAUAUACUGUCCUCAGAGCAACAUCUAUGGCUCAAGGAGUACUACCCCAAUCCCGCCAGAUUAUCUUGGUCAACAGUCAAAGAUGAUUUGAUUACUACCUUUUGGGAAAACGAUUUUCAACUUCGUGUGGAACUCACAAAGGAGCUUAUCACCAUGAGGAUGGGAGAUGAUGAGUCUGUCUUACAAUACACAGAAAGGUUUCAACGCGUCCGACGCGCUGCACAGAUAGAUGAUGAUUUAUUUACUGCUGUACGCUUUACUAACUCCUUGCUUCCAAAACUCUCUGAACAGGUAUUUUACUUACAGAAAAACGUACCUUUAAAAAAGAGAAACUCGAUUACACAUUCUGCACAGAUUGCUAGCUCAAUCUAUAAGACGGUAAUGGAACGCAAGGAUUUCCGGAUAAUCCUAUCUAAAGGCUAUAACGGCUCUUCUACAAGAAGUUCUCACACUUCUUCUUGCAAAUCUUCUCGCAAAUAUCGAUCUAUGGAGUAUGACUCCUAUCGUUUUGCUAAAAGUCGCCGUUGCGAAUGA